ACGUGGGAGGCCGCGGACAUGCGUCGAAAAGAUCAGCUGUUCAAUGAUACAAAAUGGUGAUGGUGUAAACGAAGUUCGUAGUGUUUAGAAGUAGUAGCAAGGUCGUUCUUUGUGUUAAAGUUUGAGAAAUUUUGCGUAACAGUCCUGGUACUACCCCGCAGUGCUGUCAUCUUCAAUAAAUUUCACGUUAGAAAGAAAAUCACUAAGCCUGAUCAAUGAGUAGCAAGGCUUCAUCCAACCCCUGUGAUGAUCAACCUGAAAAGAAGAAGUUUUAUGUGAAUUUCAAUCAGGACAAGACGUCCUUGUGCGUUGGCGAUGGUGUCACCUGGAGAAUAUUGGACAUCAACGAUGGCGAGGACGUCAGACCCAGCUACAAGGGUGGCGAGGAAGAGGUUUACCUCAUCGAGAAACUCUUUGCCAGCAGUCUUGUGGCUGUUGUUACCGUCGACGCACCUAGGAUGCUGAAAGUAAGACACUACAAGAGAGGCACGGAGAUAUGUAAUUAUACAUAUGCUAGUUCAAUUUUGAACAUCAAGAUGAAUAGGGAACGACUGUGCGUCAUCCUACGUGACAGCUGUCACAUCCAUGAUAUUCAUACCAUGGCCGUUCUUCAUACGAUCGGCGAGACUCCGCCCAACAACAACGGGCUAUGCGCAUUGAGCUGGGGAGACCCCAAGGUUCACCUCUUGGCCUACCCAAGUUCGAUAACGGCAGGUUAUGUACAGAUAUUCGACACCAGUCAUCUGGUCUCACGGAUCACGAUAAAAGCACAUGAGAGCCCUUUGGUUGCUAUGGCGUUCAACCCUGAAGGUACUUUGCUUGCUACAGCUUCCGUUAAGGGUACCCUUAUUCGCGUUCAUAACGUUGCUGAUGGUACCAGGGUGGCUGCUUUCAGAAGAGGCAUUUCCCGAUGCGUCAAUAUCCACAGUUUGACCUUCAGCAUUUGUGGCAGAUAUGUCGGUGCUAGCAGCAACACUGAAACGAUACACAUCUAUAAGAUUCCGGAUAAUAUAGUCAAAGCAGCUUCAGAGCAAACCUGGAUGGCUUAUUUCAGCACAUAUCUGCCUACCAGAUUAGCUGAUACCCUGGAUACGGAAAGGGACUUUGCCAUCACCCACCUUCCGGUUACCGAAGACAUGAAGAAGGUUAUUGCUAUCAAAGAAAUUGGAGGUUAUUUGCGUCUGUUCGUUGCAACUGAGGAGGGUGUUCUAUACAUCUACAACAUAGAUCGUGAUACUGGUUCGAUGACCCUGAUGAAGAAGGUCAAUUUCUCAAAUGACCAGGCAGAGUCGGAGCAAGUGGCUCCAACUGAAGGCCCUACACUACUAGGUAGCUAUGCAGGCAUCGUCAAAGGCAAUCCGGCAGGGCAAAUGUCAGCUCCGGAACUUAGAAUACCUGAUUCUUUCCACAGAAUCCGACAAGUUGAGGGUAGUCCUGGAGGCCACAGCAGCUCCUCCAGACGACACCUUUCAUCUGAACUACGAGCAGGAGUAUCCCCCGCUCACGCAAGACUGAGGCAUGAACCAGCAGGUGCCUCUGAUUCGCGAGCGCCACAUUGACUUUGAAACCAUGUGCGUGACAGUUCUGUUCAUACACAUGGCAGUGAGACUGGUCGAGGACAUUGUUUUCUAUGUCCUUGACGUCGACAGUGUUCCGUUCGAGUUUUCAUAGAGUUGCCGACAGAUGGCGCGAGUAAUAGAUGUCACUUUUGACGUUUCAACGGGAGUACCUGAUGAUCCCUCGGUAUCUUGCUCAUCUUGACUUGUUUUUAAUCGUGUUUAGUUCAAUUUUUCCCUCCUCUAUAAGUUUCGGUUGAUGCUGUGAGAUGAAUUUGUGUAUAUUUCGAAAUGACCGGGUUGAAUAUGUUACUCACGUCAUUUGUCAUAGUAUUUUUUACUCGUUUGAGGUUAAUAUUAAGUUCGCGGUUUCAUUCAAUUUGAUUUGAAUUUUAAUGACGAUAUAGAUUAAUUUUAUUCCACUCGUUCGAUAUUAAUCUAGAUUAAAUUUGUUGACUUGUGCCGGUUUUCAGUUGAAAUAGGCUUAUGAUAAUGAAAAAAAAAAUGAUAAUAAUUCGAUUUUAAAGGUUGAACAAAAAAUUUUAUUUCUCAAUAAGAUCAUAUCAGAUAUUCUGUAGUAUCUAGAGAUAGGGUAGUUUAUUUUUCGUAAAGAAAAAUUGAAAAUUGAAGAAAUUCGGAAGCAAGCGGAGCAUCUCAUUAAUUCCUAGUCAGAAUCAAAAAUUUCAUACGUCUUUUUUAUAAAAAAAAAAUUCUGCUGGCGACCUCUAGUUCUUCUGAAUAAAAAAUUGUCUCUGUAUAUGUUCAAUGUUUUCUGGUAUUUCAUGAUUGAUAUCCAUUUUGACAUUGAGCUUGUGUAAUUGGAUGUGUAUUGAAUAUGAAAUAUCUGCAUCAAUUGUUGUGUUUUACCGAUGUUCGUUGGUAGCAGUUAACAUGAUACUUGUACGUGGAAAUGUUUUUCGUUAAUUUCUCAAUUGAGGAUAUGUUUUAUCCAUAUACAAAAAGCAACAAGAUGUAUCUUUCUGAAUGUGCUAAAUGUUUUGUAUAUUUUUUACAGUAAGCUUAGUGCACAUUUGUAAAAUCUUAUGAUAGUUCGAAGUGAACAGAUCUGUCGUUGGAGAUUUUAUGUCAUGUGAAUUUGUGCAUUGUUCCAUACUCGAUGGCAAGAUUUUAAUCAAUUUUCUAUGAACGAUGCCAUGUUAUCGCGCACAUUGUGCUACUUGUAAAUAUAUACAUAUUAUAAAAUUAUAAAAAAAAAACGCAAUGUUAUAUUAGGUUAUAUUUGAUAGGUAAUGUGAAGAUUUUUUGAUGCAAAUGGUUCCACUGCAUAUUUUGUACUUGUUCAUAUGUUGCAAUGCAGGGUACUGAAUAAAAAUUAUGCAAAAACUG